UUCGGCGCAUCAACGAACACGUCUUCCAUCUCCACCGAUAUUUCUCAUGUGCCGCCGCCCUAACGUAACAACGUCGUCACUGUGCUUCGUGCUGUAAUGCUUUGGCCGCGUGAUUUUUGUAUUGAACAGUAUUACACCGGGCAUAAUUACAGGACAUUCAUUGGAACAUACUGCUCGCUAAAAUUGGCCGCAAAGAUGUCCUCGAAAUACAAGAUAUUUGGUAGCCUCAGUAUGAGGCAAAAAAGGAGGCGGUUAUUUUCCAUUCAACAUCAUGUAGAAGACUCUCAAGUACAGGAAUUGGAUGGUUCUCUAUCAGAUGAAAUUUUAGAGAACGAUGAACCAUUGCGAAUUCAGCCAUUACAUCCUGCUUUAUUUGUCGAUGGAGACAAUGUUCAGAAUAAUGAGCAAAAAACUGGUGAAAAGGAACAGCGUUUUAACAGAGAUGAGGAAGUGGAAAGCAAUGAAGAGGAAGUAGGAAAUAUUAGUGAAAAUAAUGACGAAAUAGAGGGCGGUAAUGUUGAUGAAUAUUAUAUGGACGAAGAAAAUAAUACAUCCAGCUCUUCGGAAAAUGAAGAUAAUCAUAUACCAGAAAACCGACAUGAUUUGAGAAAGAGGGCAUUGAAAAAUGCUUUUUUAGCGGCAAAUAUUAAACAUACACAAGGCAAUAUACUACUAAAAAUAUUAAGGGAGCACCCAUUUAACCUGGGUUUUCUGCCAAAAAAUGUAAGAACAUUACUACAAACCCCCACUGCUCCCGCUAUUGCACAUGUGCAACGAAUACCUGGAGGAGAAUACCUGCAUAUAGGAUUGAAGUAUAUUCUUAAAAAGAAAUUGGAAAACUUUACUGCAGAAAUGUUGCCAGAGAGCGUGGAAAUAGAUUUCAGCACUGAUGGAGCUCAACUGAGUAACAGUGGCACUUUUCAGUUUUGGCCCAUCCAAUUCCGAGUUGUUAAUUGCACUGACAAAAGGCCCAUGAUAGCCGGAGUAUUUAAAGGUCAACAAAAACCACUCAAUCCAUUUGAUUUUUUUGAAAAAUUUAUUGAGGAAAUUUUGACUAUCCGUGCAGAAGGUGGAAUAAUUAUACGCAAUCGACGGCUACCACUGCAUAUUCGGUGUUUUAUUGCUGACGCACCUGCGAGGGCUAUGGUUUUAAAUUAUUAUGGUCACAUGUCGGCAAAUGCAUGCUCCAAAUGUAAAGUCGAAGGCUAUCGCUGCGAAGAAGUAGGAUAUCGGGGAAUAAUGGUUUUUCCAGGAAUUCGACAUUCUUUAAGAACAAAUGAAGAGUAUAAUAACAUGGUUGACGAAGACCACCAUAAAGGUCCGAGUCCAUUAAAUUCGAUAUUAGGACUUGUGACGCAGGUUCCUUUUGAACCUUUACACUUAAUAUACUUAGGAAAUGUGAAAAAAGUUCUUCAUACUCACAUUCAGGGAAAAUAUGGACAUCAAAAAUUAAACAGGAGACAAUUAGACAUCUUGGAUUCGAGAAUGAUGCAACUGAAAUUACAUUGUCCUACUGAAUUUAAUCGCCGCCCAAACAAACUAAGUAUGUUCCAUCAUUUCAAAGCUACGGAAUUCAGGCAAUUCUUAUUAUAUACUUCCCCGGUCAUUAUGGAAAAUGUUUUUCAUGAAGAAUAUUACAACCACUUUAUGUUGCUUCAUUGCGUGAUACGCAUUCUCAGCUGUGAUAAUGUAACCGAUGAUAUGUACACUUUUUGCCAAGAAGGUUUAGAAACAUAUGUUAAUAUGUGCGAGCAUUUGUACGGCAAACAAUAUGUUUCCUACAACGUACACGGGCUGCUACACAUUGCAGGUGACGUUAGGAAAUUAGGGUCUUUAGAAUCAUUCAGCGCAUUCACGUAUGAGAAUAAUAUGCCUCAAUUUAGAAAAUAUAUUAGGAAACCGCAUCUCACAUUGCAACAAUUUUAUAAAAGAAUGCAAGAACGGAAUGACUGUAUUGUUACACAAGACGACAAUACUAUAAAAAUUCGUCCUUCAAAAAGUCAUGCAGAAGGUCCUGUAGCAGAAAAUAUUCCUCCCUAUCGUUGUCAACAAUUUAAGAAGCUACAAAUUGGAAAAAUAACAUUUUCCACAAAUGAACGUAAUAAUUGCUGUUUCCUCACAAAUUCUGAAGUAUGCAUAAUAAGUAACAUUGUCCAAAUAGAAAAUAAUAUUUUGUUCAUGGUUCAAAAAUUUGGUACAAGAGCACAUUUUUAUAACAUUGGGAUUACAUCACAUGUUGUGGGAGUGUAUCACUGCUCUAAUUUAUCGAAUACAGUUGAAGCGAUCAACUUAAUCGACGUCAAAGCCAAAAUGUACAGGAUGCCUAAGUGGAGUGGCGUAGAAGGACAAGAAGAAAACAUAAUUGAAAAUGAAUGGAUCUGCGUAUCCUUACUUACACCUUUAAUAAUACCUCAACAAUAAAUAAAUAUAAAUAAAGAAAAUAAAUACCACCUGCUCUGUCAAUAAUAACAAAUUGGUACAUUAUUAUUAUCGGUACAUUUAUUCUACUCUGUGCAAAGUCCAUACAAAUAAACAGUAACAUUACAGUAUUACUGUAAGGAAACGAUUCAUUUUUUGACACAAAUUACAUGUAUCAUGAAUUUCAUAGUUUAUCAAUAUGAAAAAGACAUCAAAAAAGAAGAAAGAAGGGACAACUUCCAAAGUUAGUGGUAGGACGAUAAAACGCCCGAAGAAAAUUGAAACGUCUUCAGAGGAAGGGCCUAUGCGAAAAAAAAAUCAAAGCUUGACGCAAAAACAAUGAAGGCCGAAAUAUUACGUUUACAACUAUUUGUCAAAAAAAUGGAAGAAAGUGGAAAAAAAACUGAAGAAAAAGAAAUAAGGGUUUAUUCGGCGGAGGAGGAAACGAAUAAACAAAAGGACGUUCGUUCGCCGUCGGAGGAAGACAUUGAAGGAGAAGGAAAAGAUUUU